CGUAUUCACUCUAAGUCUGUUUCUCAAUACAGUCAUUAAUCAUGGGCGAGAAAAUGCGCGCAGUCGAUAUCAAGGGCGGCACCGGCCCCGCAACCUCCCUCUUCAUCUCAGAUGCGAUCCCCAAACCCACGGCUGGGACCGGUCAAGCGGUCGUUAAAAUCAAAGCUUUUGGACUAAACCGAAUGGACUUAUUACAGAGAGAAGGGAUGUACCCGGUCCCACCACAGGGCGGCAAGAUCCUAGGCGUGGAAUUCAGCGGUCAUAUUGAAAGCUUGGGCGAUGGUGUUAAGGAGGGCUUCAAGAUAGGCGAUGCGGUAUUCGGACUAGCAUAUGGUGGUGCGUAUGCCGAAUACAUUGCUGUUAGUACACAUAUGCUGCUGCACAAGCCAGAGCAUCUAAGCUGGGAGGAGGCUGCUGGUAUUCCUGAGGUAUGGAUCACGGCCACACAAGCAAUGUAUCCCGUUGGCGAGUUCACGAAGGGGAAGAGUAUCCUUUGGCAUGCAGGCGCAUCCAGUGUCUCGAUCGCCGGGAUCCAACUCUCGAAAGCUGCUGGAGCGAGCGCAAUCUAUGUCACGGCGGGGAGCCAAGAGAAGAUCGAUUUCUGUGUCAAGGAGCUUGGGGCCACGGCUGGGUUCAACUACAAGACUCAAGACUGGGCGAAAGAGAUUUUGAAGGCUACGAAUGGUCAAGGUGUGGACCUUGUAAUCGACUUUGUUGGACAAAGUUACUUCCAGGGAAACUUGGACGUUGCGGCCAGGGACGGCCAUAUUGUGAACCUGGGCUUUAUGAGUGGAACCAAAUUACCAGCUGGUGUCGACAUUGGUGCUUUUAUAAGGAAGAGGCUAAGAUAUGAGGGCUCCAGUCUGAGAAGUCGAGACCCGGACUACCAGGGCAGACUGAGGGAUAAAUUGGAGGAAUACAUGCCACAGUUCCAAGAUGGGACUUUCAAGGUGUAUGUGGAGAAGGUGAUGCCUUGGGAGAAGGUCGUUGAAGCCCAUCAGCUGAUGGAGACGAAUGCUACAAAGGGGAAGAUUAUCUGUACAAUCUCUUAGAACGAAGUAUAUGAAUAACGCAGACCUCAGGUUUAGAUCAUCUGGAAAUACUGAACUUAUAAUUGAUGCAUAUUCGAU